AUGGCCGCUGCUUCUUCUUCUUCAUCUGCUGCGGCAUCAAUGGGGUUGGAUUUUGAACAUGAAAAUGUACCACAUGUUUUGGCUGUUGAUGAUAGUUUUCUGGACCGUAAAAUCAUUGAGAAGUUACUCAUCAAGUCUGCAUGCAAAGUGACUACUGCAGAGGAUGGACAUGGAGCACUGGAGCUAUUGGGUUUGGCAGAGGGGCAACAGAACUUCGCUAACACCGUUUCAAACGUAAACAUGAUAAUCACUGAUUACUGUAUGCCGGGAAUGACAGGGUAUGAGCUACUAAAAAGAGUUAAGGAAUCGCCAAAAGGGAAGGAGAUACCAGUAGUUGUUGUAUCAUCUGAGAACAUUCCUAGCCGAAUUGAGAAGUGCCUUGAGGAAGGGGCUGAGGAGUUCUUGCUGAAGCCGCUCCGGCAAGCAGAUGUCAAGAAACUGAAAUGUCAUUUAAGCGAGUUUCGAAACCCUAGUGACGAAGGGAGAAAUUGUUUGGGAAGAUGA